UGGCAAUAUUGCUUUAAGAGCAUAACUUGACAUGUGCGAAUUUCACAUUUUUUUUUAUUAAAAUUUAAGUAACACGAACUUUGAUAAUAAUCGUAAAAAUGGCUGAUUUUAUAGAAAUUGAAUGUAGUUUUUUAACAGUCCGAAGAAAAGUGCAAAGAGUUGGUAAUGCGUAUCUAAAUGCGAAAAAAAAGUUUCAUUCAGAUCACAUUGAACGCAGCGAAUCUGAGGAGAAAUUACUUGCGGAUGAGUUUGUUGUAGAUAUUAAUUAUUUAAAAUCGUUGGAUCCAAAAGAAUGGAAAGACCAGGAUCAUUACGCUGUCUUAGGAUUGCGGAACCUAAGGUCCGAGGCUACGGAUGACGAUAUUCGCCGUGCAUAUCGAAAAAUGGUUUUGCAGCACCAUCCCGACAAGCGUAAAGCUAAAGGAGAGGAUGUUAAAACGGAUGAUGAUUAUUUUACUUGCAUUACUAAGGCAUAUGAAACUUUAGGAACACCAAAAACCAGGCGGUCUUUCGACUCCGUUGAUCCAGAAUUUGAUGACUCUCUCCCAACACAGUCGGAUAUCGAAAAUAAUUUUUAUAAAUCUUUCCAAAAAUAUUUCAACUUGAAUUCUAGGUGGAGUGAGAAGAAGGGAGUGCCCUCAUUUGGUGAUGAAAAUUCUGUCCGUGAAGAUGUUGAAAGAUUCUACAGUUUUUGGUACGAUUUCAAGUCCUGGAGGGAAUUUAGUUAUUUAGAUGAAGAAGACAAGGAAAAGGGACAAGAUCGUGAUGAACGAAGGUGGAUUGAGAAAGAGAACAAGGCAGCACGUAUAAAGAGAAAAAAGGAGGAAAUGAUGCGCAUUCGAUCUCUUGUAGACUUGGCUUAUAACAAUGACAAGCGUAUACAAAAGUUUAAGAAUGAAGAAAAGGAACGUAAGUUGGCAGCUAAAAGAGCAAAGAUGGACGCAGUACAAGCGCAAAAGGCAGAGCACGAAAGAGCAAUUCGAGAGGCACAAUUGGCAAAAGAGCGUGCGGAAAAAGCGGAACAAAAGCGCAUAGAACAAAUACGUAUAGAAAAAGAACAAAUUAAAAAGGCUAUAAAGAAAGAACGUAAACUUUUACGAGACAAAGCCAAAGAAAGCAAGUAUUUUGGUAAUAACGAUAAGGAUGUUCUUAAGAAUAUGGAAGGCGUUGAAAAGAUUUGCGAAACAUUUAACAUAUCCGAAUUACAAGAGUUGAACAAGAAAAUGUUGGAAAAAAGUGGAAGGGAUGCAUUUUUUGUUGCUCUUAAACAGGCCGAUAUUAAAAUUAAAGCUGAAUUGGAUGAAAUCAAUCAAUUACAAAACAAAAAUAAGCCUGCUGCUGUAAAAACAGAAAAUGUGGUUAAAGAGGUUAAAAAGGGUGAACUAUGGUGCAAUGAAAAAGUACAACUGUUGAUUAAAGCUGUUAAUUUGUUCCCUGCUGGCACGUCGCAGAGAUGGGAUGUAAUUGCCUCAUUUAUUAAUCAACACUCAUCAGGCAACAGUAAUGUUUCAGCUAGAGACGUACUUAAUAAGGCAAAGGCUUUACAAAACAGCGAUUUCUCAAAAAGUACUCUUAAAACACAGGCCAAUGCAAGCGCGUUCGAAAGUUUUGAAAAAUCAAAAAAGGAUGUCGUUGUAUCUUCAGAUAUAACUGUCAACUCUGAAGUUGGCAAUACCGAUACCAUCAGUGACACCAAAGAGAACCAAACAAAUGGUAACAAUAUUAGCAACUGUCCGAAAAAUACGCCACCUUCAAACACAAAUUCAACAAAAACUUCGAAAUCUUCCUCUGCUGCAACUGCGAAAACUUGGACAAAGGAGGAACAGGCCUUAUUGGAACAAGCGAUCAAGACUUUUCCGAUAGCUACUCCCGAUCGUUGGGAUCGUAUUGCUGAAUGUAUACCUAAUAGAACAAAAAAAGAUUGUCUUCGUAGAGUUAAGGAACUCGUUGAGUUAGUUAAUUCAAAAAAAGAAGCUCAACAAGCUGUGAAAUGAUUUCAUUCUAUAAUUUCUAUUCUAUUUAAAUAAACAGUUUUCAAAAAUGAUACAUA